GUAAUCAAAUUUCAGUGGUUCCCCGACAUUCAUUAUAGAUGCCAAUACACAGUGAGUAUACCAAACUAGCGGAGAGAGGAAUAAGUAUAAAAGCAAUAUUAUAAGCCUUGUAGAGAUAUCAUUUUCUUGUAAACUUUCGUCUAGAUAGCAACUAAGGACUCGAGAAAAAUGAGAAGCUUAGCAAUAAGAGCGGCUUUAGCUGCUAUGCUUGUUAUCGUAGUUAAUGGAGAAACGUUCAAAUUACAUUCGGCAUACCCGCACGCCGUUAUCGUGAAAGAGACUGAAAUUCAUCAUCAAAAUCUUCAAGUACCCGAACUUCAAGAAUAUCAAAAACAAUUUGAUGUGCGUAAACGCCGUGAAGCUGAUCCUGAACCUCAAAGGCCAAGACCACAAGUUCCACAACCGAGACCUUCUCGACCAAGACCCCAACAAGUACCUCCGCGUCCACCACACCCGAGACUUCGUCGUGAAGCUGAUCCUGAACCUCAAAGGCCAAGACCACAAGUUCCACAACCGAGAACUGUACCUUCUCGACCAAGACCUCAACAAGUACCUCCGCGUCCACCACACCCGAGACUUCGUCGUGAAGCUGAUCCUGAACCUCAAAGGCCAAGACCACAAGUUCCACAACCGAGACCUUCUCGACCAAGACCCCAACAAGUACCUCCGCGUCCACCACACCCGAGACUUCGUCGUGAAGCUGAUCCUGAGCCUCAAAGACCAAGACCACAAGUUCCACUUCCGAGACCUGUACCUUUUCGACCAAGACCCCAACAAGUACCUCCGCGUCCACCACAUCCGAGACUUCGUCGUGAAGCUGAUCCUGAAUCUCAAAAACCAAGACCCCAACAAGUUCCUCCGCGUCCGCCACAUCCGAGACUUCGUCGUGAAGCUGUUACUGAGUCUUAAAGACCAAAAAUUUAACAAGUUACUCUACGUCCUUUACACUUGGUAAUAAUAUUAUCAUUAAUUAGAACAAUCUUUAAAAAAAAUUAUCACAUAUUCUUCUGUAUAAUGUUUUAUUCUUCUUCAUGAUGAUAAAUAAUAUUAUUUGUUAAAUUUUAUUUGAUAUAACGGUAGCUCAAGAACAAGUUAAAAUAAGAUAACAAAAUCCAAAUAUAGAAAUUUUAUUAUCUCGUAGAUAUCGAAUAUUGAUCUGAUAGGUAAAUAGAAAUUAAUGAUGCCAAUUUAAAUAUAUUCGAAUAAUAGUUUUAUAUAAUAUUCUUAAAAAAAAAAAAAA